AUGAUGACCCCUAUCGCUCGCAAGCUUUCCUGGGCCAAUUUACGCCUGUAUAUUGGUGGGUUUGGCCACUGGGGAGAUCAUGCCUUCACCAGGGCCAUGCUGGAAGCCGGUUUUGAACGUCGUGUUCAACCGCGAAGGAUCCGGCUCACGGUCGAACACAGGCAGACCCGGCUAGCCUUUGCCCGCGAGCAAUGGGCACUACGGCCUCGCCCGGAAGACUGGGAGGUGGUACUCUUCAGUGACGAGACCUGGGCUACCAACAACCCUAUAUGGAAGAGGUGGCUUACAAUCCACGAUUCGAAAGAUAUCGAAGACUGGACCACCAUACGGCAAAAGCCUCACGGUUGGAUGUUCUGGAGUAUGAUUUGUGGCUCUGAAAAUGCCGGCUCCUUCGUGUGGGAAAAGGAAUACGGUGGGAUUAACAGCGAGAAAUAUCAGAGGUAUAUUGUCCCUAUUAUCAAUGGUUAUAUUACCAGGAAAAGGGAACAGGGUACUUCUAUAGUCUUCCAACAGGAUAAUGCCUCGCCUCACUCAUCUAGGGCAACGAGGGCUUAUAUUAGGAGCCUAGGCAUUGAACUGUUGACCUGGCCGGCCAGGUCACCUGAUUUUAACCCUAUUGAAAAUGUGUGGUUUUGGAUGAAAGAUUGGCUUGAAUUACACUACAAUAUACAGCUUUUGAACAAAGCCGCCCUCAGGAGGGCCAUUUUGGAAGCUUGGGAGGCAGUGCCCUCUGAGUAUGUACUUGGUUUGAUCCAUUCAAUGCCCCGGAGGCUUGAAAAGUGCAUUGCGUUGGAAGGUCAGCUGACAGGAUAUUAG